AUGAAACCGAGUGAGGCUAGUAUCAUUAACAGCAGUCAACCGACUACCAAGGAUGGACGGAAACAAGGAGUUCACACAGCCAAGAUUCGAGUUAAGAAGAUAUACAGUGAUCCAUGUAGCUCAUGCUGUACACAAACUGGGAAGUGUGUAAACUAUGCGUGCGACAUGGCCUGGUGUCGGGUGAGAAGACCUGUCCGUAAACAAGUGCUGUACACUGGAAUCUUACUAGUGACAACAAGUGUUGUCAUUCAACUUCUAAAUUAUUCAAACGUCAGCAUCCAUGAAAACCUCCAGGGGAUAAGGAAAGAAACGUCUAUCGGAUUGGGCAUCACCAGAGGUUGGAAUAAAAGGGGAAGUUUGGAGGAUGAUGGAGGAGGAAACCGACAAUCCAGUUUUGAAAGAUUUCAAGUCAAUCCAUCCAUUCCCAUGCGGAUAAACCGACAGGGAGCGUUACUAUUUGGUCGCUUUCGGAAUUACACAAGUUACUUGACAAUCGGUAUACCCUCCGUGGAGAGAGAAGGUGUUGACUAUCUGGAGGACACUAUUAUCUCCCUUGUAAAGAACACACAGGUGAAGGAGCGUAAGGAGGUCAUUAUCCUUGUUUUCCUGGCGGAUCAGGACCAUGACACGAUCACAAGAAGGGCUAAGAAGCUUUACGACACUUAUAAAGAACAUGUUGAUUCAGGGUUUAUGCAGAUAGUGCACCCGGACCAUCAGUACUAUCCGGACUUUAGUAAACUCGACAGAAACUUCAAUGAUUCUGAAACACGUGUUGCCUGGAGAAGCAAACAGAAUAUUGACUACGCGUACAUGUUCCUGUACAGUAAAAAUUUGUCACAGUACUAUAUGCAGCUAGAAGAUGACGUACUGACAGCAAAAUCGUAUUUAACUCAAGUAAAACGGUUCAUUAAGACUAGACCACCGAAGAUAAAAUGGUUCUGCAUUCAGUUCUCUCACUUGGGAUUCAUUGGUAAAUUGUUUCAAGCAGGGGACUUACAGUCCAUUGGGGAAUUUCUUCUCAUGUUCUAUUCUGAGCAGCCCGGUGAUUUGUUGAUAAAUUAUAUGAAAAAAAUUAAAACACAGUUUAAGGACAUUUUAAUGAAGCCGUCUUUGUUUCAACAUCGUGGCGUCAUCUCAUCGUUGAAGGACAAGAAACAAUUUUUAGUGGAUAAAAGCUUUCGAGACAGGACAGGUACAGACAGGAAAAAAUUCUAUCAGAAGAAUCCGCCAGCAGAUAUCUUCACCUCUAUAGAAGUAUAUGAUAACCUCAAACCUGAGUAUGCUUACGAUCUGAGUAACAAGUUUUUCUGGGGACUGAGUCCAAAUUUAGGUGACUAUUACAGGAUAUCCUUUCAUAAACCUGUAAAUAUCAGUCGUAUUUAUGUCGAUUCUGGGUAUCCAAAAAAUCCUAAAGAUAUUUUAUUAAACGCAGCUUUAAAAAUAUCUAAAGUGAGUAAUUCCAGUCAUACUGCUCAUGAAGCUUGUGAGAACAGGGAGAUGUUCGGGACUUUUAAUCGCACGGGAGACUUUGAUUCUAAAGCGCAAAAUAUGAGCAUGCCUCUAUAUAACGUGGGAUGUAUAUCCAUCGAGCUGACCAAAGCUCAGAAGGAAUGGUUGAUCAUCAGAGAAAUUGCAAUUUUCACAGUGACGUAA